AUGCUCUUGUGCUUUGCGGAAGCCGGAAUCUGCACUUGCUACUCUUGCCGUGGCAUUUUAAAUGUCCAAGCGAUCACGGAGCUUUUGGGACGCCUGCCGGAGCACCUGCAGCAGGAGUUUGACCCCGACGGCUAUCCGAGCCAGCUUUGGAACAACAGCCCGGCACAGGGCCAGCCGGGUUUCAAUGAAAGCGUACAACAGGUUUUGAAGAAGUUGGCCGGCUGGACGUCGCCCUCGCAGGGCGAAGCGAAGCUUCUUCCUCAGCAGAACGUGGUCGCUUGCUUGCUCCACCCGAGCUCGAAAGUUCAGCGGCUCCUUUGUGACCACAACACAGGAUCCGGGAAGACCUUGUGCAUGGUUCGAAGCUUGGCUUUGGAAGUGUUGUCCUCGAACAAAAUGCCGCAACAAGACAGAAAUGUCUACGAGGAUGUGAUGAGAAUCAUGGACAACUUCUACUUCGACCCGCGUGGUAAGAUCGCGAUUUUUCCGAAGGACAGCGUGGUGGACAACUUCUACUCGGUGGCAGCAGUUCUUGGGCGAAUUGUUGAAGUGUAUGAGGUGAAAUCUAUGCUACAGAUGGCCCAAUCCUUUAUUUUCCAUCCUGAAAUCUCCGGCAAUGCCGAUGAUUGGCGCCGCCUUCGCUUCAAGCGCUGGAGCGUUGGCAAGUCCCAGGCUCUGCAACGGAGGGCAGCUGCAGAGGGCUUAAGCCUACAGCAGGGCAUCAAGGAGACGGAGUUCCUGAUCAAGCCCAUCCGCGAGGCUUGCGAGAUGAAACGCGCCUUCUUUCUUGGCAAGGUCACUUCCCGCUUCGUGGACAACUUCUGGGCCUCCACGAGCAACGAUGACGUGCACCCGCCUGCCGCACCCUUGCGCGCUUACCGCUUUACUUCUGCCGGCGGCCGCGCUGCAGAGGUAGUCGAUGGUCUUCCGCGCGGCUGCAUCUUCAAAGUGGGAUUCAACCCCAGCGACCCAAACCCUUACAGUCAGAAGGUGAUUGUUAUGGACGAAGGCCACCAUCUCACCCGUCCGAACAAGAUCUACGAGCAGCAGCUGAACCAGUUGCGCGAGUACGUCCAGAAGGCGAAGGGCUCCGUCUUCGUCAGCUGCACCGGGUCCAUGGAGGCCGAUGCUGCAACGGACCCGAGGAUGCUCCUGGACGUUGUGAAAGGUGACUGCAACAAGCACCUGACCGAUGAGGGCUUCCUAUCUUCCCACCACAAGCGUGGGCAAUCCUUCCCUCGACAAAGCCCUGCGCCAUGUGCAGAUGGAAUCUACUCGGAGGAGGUGCAGAAGGCUGUGGUGACAGAAGUGGAGCUUUCCGGAAUCUCGUUGGUCCGGUAUGUCUAUCAGGCCAUCCGCCUCGAGCAUGAAGGCAAACCGGAGGACAGCCUAGCGAACUACACCAACAUGUACGUCUUUGCCAACUCUUCCGGAAAUGCGAGCUGCAAGGAGACGCUGCUGACUGACCCCAGCAGCCGCCCAAAGUUCACAGCAGCGCUGCGGGCAGUGGUGGAAGCUGCGAAGAAGAAGCAGAAGAGCAUGAUCAUGGUGGAGCGCCGCAACGGCUACAGAGCCUUGCUCGCUUUGCUGGAGGCCGAAGCAGAGAAGCACAAUUUCAACGUGGCAGAGUACGAUCAGCUGGCAGAUUUCAACAGCCGCGAGAACUUGACAGGCCAACGUUUCAUGGUCAUGAUCCUAGAGACUGAGAAGGGCGGCGAGGGCAUCGAACUCAGGGCCGUCCGCUUGGCCGUCUUUUUGGACGUCCCGAAGCGCUUUCCCGACUACAAGCAGCGCUGUGGGAGGGUCGUCCGCUGUGGGAGCCACGACGGCCUCUCGGAAGUUGACCGAGAAGUCCGCUUCAUGUUCUUUACGGCGGUCUUCCCGGGCUUCGCGCGGUCAGAGCUGGGUGCCUUUGCGCUGUUUGCCCUUUGUGGCUACUGGAACGGCCCGAAGAAGAUCACCUACGCCUCCGAGCCUGCGCCGGAGCAGCUGAUCGAGGCGGCCCAAGGCUUCGUUCGGACAGCCGCAGCAAAAGGCAUCAGCAAUCUCCGUGGCCUGGAACAGGCCUUGAGACAUCGUGUUGGUGAAGCCGAUUUGCUGGAUGAGGAGCUCCCUCCGAAACUCUACCAUCGCCUCUUUGGCGGACUCGGAGCUGUCAAGGCCAAGGGUGCCAGCAGCGUCAUCUCGAAGACGCCUUUGCAAACCUACGACCAGAAGCUGCAGCGGCAGCUCCGGCUUCAGUUUGAGGACAUGGCGCCGGCACUUUCAAGGAUUCGGGGCAUUGCUCUGGAUGUGGGCAUGUACUGA